AUGGGUGCAGGGAUGUGGAGCGAAAUGAGCGGUGGAUUUGGAUUAAGUACCCAAUUAUUUGGGAGAACUGAGAACCAGGAAUUGUUGUUAUGUGACAACAAUCAAGAAAGGAUAAUGACUAAUGAUCGUGUUGAGGAAAAAGGGAAGCAAAAAAUGUUGUCUCGAGAAGCAAUUUCAAAGUACUUUUACAUGCCAAUAAUUCAAGCAGCCAAGGAACUCAAUAUUGGGGUGACAUUUUUGAAGAUAAGAUGUAGGGAUUUGGGAAUUCGAAGGUGGCCACAUAGGAAGUUGAGGAGUCUUCAAGCACUAAUCCAGAAUGUUAAGGAAUUGAAGGGGGGAAGGAAAUGGUAUGGAACAAAAGUGGAAGGAUGUGAUAGAUUCAUUGAGGAAGAGAAGAAAAGGAUGGAAGAAAUUCGGACAUGGAACUUGAGGAGAAAACAAAGAGAUUAA